UUGCCUCAAUUUGGGCUCUCUCCCAAAGGUUGCAAAUAGCUCGGCACUUUUAUUUUUCUCUUCUCCGAAGCCCUGUCUAUCUGCGAACGCCGUCGUAUACUCUGCUCAUCCCCCUUGCCUUGCCUCACCUCAUCGGCGGCGAUUCUCAGGUUUCAAGCAACUGGUAAUCUUUUCUCCGAAGGUUUAUUCUCAGGUUUCAAGCAACUGGUGCAGAAGAAAGAGAGAGAGAGAGAGCAUCUAAGUGAAACAAAAAUGGUUGAAGUAUGGUGGUCCUUGUUGGGGGCUGCAAUUCCGGCUAUUGUUGCUGGGAAAGCUUUUUUAGUCAAGAAAAGGCGUUCAGAAGAACAGAGAAUAGUUGGUGCCCGUGGAAGAGAGAAGACUUCUGAUGAUAUCUUUGUAUGUGAGAGGGUCUGCACAUCAAAGAGAAUGCUUAAGAAGGUUGGGGCAUUCUCCAAGGACCCUAUCGCAGAUACUUGUGUGACUGUUUGUGGAGUUUCUGAGCUUGAUGCCUGCUCUGAUGCCUGUGCUCGUACUGUAUGCGUUAAUGAGCAUCAAGUGCCUAAUUGGAAUGACGUCUGCCUUAAGAGAUGUCAAAGUGAAUGCCUAAAACUCUCUGCUUCUCGUUCUUCUUAGUGUUUUUUCCCCUUUGCCAAUUCUAGUUGUAGGUGUUGUACAACAUGCGCUGUUGGUAUUUAUCGGAUGGUUGGAUAUGUCAAGGUCAAUUUCUUAACUGCUUCUCCUUGCGCUUUUUGCGAACUGGGACUGUAGUGUUUGUAUGACAUAAUUUUCAGCAUACUGGUUAUCAACGUGAAUGCCUUAAAAGUC